AUGCGACCACCGUUUGGGAUGGGGCCAGUUCCCCCCGGUCCUGCCCCACCUGGUUUUAUUCCAACAAUGACUGCCGGAGGACCUGGUCCUAAUCCAGACAUGAUCAAACCUCCACCAAUGAUACCUCCAGGAAUACCACCUACAGCAUAUACACCGGCACCAAACAUGCCACCAUUUGUUCCACCCCGUCCUGGUGCUGCAGGAGUACCUUCUCGACCUGGUGUGCCCCCACGCCCUGGUGUUCCGCCCCCUGGAUUACCUAUUCCACCACCUGGUUUUCCACCAGCCACAGGUGCUCCUAAUGUUUCUCUACCUGGUGCUGUUCCAUCUGUCCCUGGUACAGUUCCUGGAAGUGUGGGUCCAGGCCAAACCUCUCAACAGCAGACUCCUGUAGUGUCUUCUACCACAUCUUUAGAAUCAAAGCCUGCUGAAAAGAAAACUGUGUGGACAGAACAUAAGGCUCCCGAUGGCCGAACAUAUUAUUAUAACAGUGUGACCAAACAGUCCAGUUGGGAAAAACCAGAUGAGCUAAAAACUCCAGCAGAAUUACUUCUAAGCCAGUGUCCAUGGAAGGAGUACAAGUCAGACACUGGUAAGGUUUAUUAUCAUAAUUCAGUUACAAAAGAAUCUCGAUGGACCAAGCCAAAAGAGCUAGAAGAACUGGAAGCUAUGAUUGUCAAACAAGAGUUGGACAAAAAACCCGUAGGUGAUUUGAGUGUCAACUUGGCAUCCACUGUUAGCAGUGGUGUGUCCGUGGUGUCAUCUACUUCUCAGCAGUCUGUGUCUAGUCAGCAGGCCCAGUCGUUGGGCAGCAGUGGUACAUCCUCUGGUAGUGGGACACAAGUGACUUCUUCAGGUCCAUCUUCAGCUAUUCAACAAGCUAUCCAGGCCACAUUGGCUUCUAUUGAACUGCCUCCCCAGCCAUCAGCAGCUCUACAGCAACAGCAGCAACAACAGCAGCAGCAGCAGCAACAACAGCAACAACAACAGCAGCAGCAGCAACAGCAACAACAACAACAAGUACCACAGCAACAGCAGCAGCAACAACAGCAGUCCACUGUGACCAAUGCCACUGUGGUAGCCUCAGCAGGCACAGUCUCUGGCCAUGUACAGAAACAGACUCCUACUCAGGUUAUUGUAGAUGGUGGCAAAACAGACUCCUCUGCCAGCAGCAGCAGCACUGAAGAUGAAGAUGAUGACAAAACUGAAAAAAAGGAGUAUAUCUUCAAGAAUAAGAAGGAAGCCAUUGAGGCCUUCAAGACACUACUGAGAGAAAGGGAUGUGCCUUCUUCUGCUACAUGGGAGCAGGCUAUGAAGAUGAUCAUCAAUGAUAGCAGAUAUGGAGCCUUGAAGCACCUCAAUGAAAAGAAACAAGCCUUCAAUGAAUACAAGACACAGAAAGCAAAAGAGGAGAAGGAGGAGCAAAGACUUCGAGCCAAACAAGCCAAAGAAGAUUUGGAAAGCUUCCUUCUAAGUAGUGACAAAAUGAAUUCCACUGUCAAGUAUUGGAAAGCUGACAAUAUUUUUGGUGAUUUAGAAGUUUGGAAAAGUGUAUGUGACCGUGAUCGGCGUGAGCUCUUUGAAGAUGUUUUGCACAUGUUAGCCAAAAGAGAAAAGGAAGAGGCAAAGGCUUUACGGAAACGCAAUAUCAAAGUAUUUUCUGAAAUCCUUGACAGUAUGCCAAGCCUAACUUACUGUACUACUUGGUCUGAGGCUCAGCAAAUGUUACUUGACAAUCCUCGGUUUACUGAAGACCCAGAUUUACAGAAUAUGGACAAAGAAGAUGCUUUGAUUUGCUUUGAGGAUCACAUACGAAUGUUGGAACAAGAAUAUGAUGAUGAGAAAGAAAGGGAGCGGAGGAGAGUGAGAAGGCAGCAGAGGAAAAACAGGGAGAGCUUUCAGGUUCUUCUUGAUGAGUUACAUAAUCAGGGAAAACUCAACUCAAUGUCUCUAUGGAUGGAUCUGUACCCAAUUGUUAGUCAAGACCUCCGAUUUUCCAAUAUAUUAGGGCAACCAGGUUCUACUCCUUUAGAUUUAUUCAAAUUCUAUGUUGAAGAUCUCAAAUCUAGAUUUCAUGAUGAAAAGAAAAUUGUUAAAGAAAUUUUAAAGGAUCGAGGUAUUAUUGUAGAAACCAGCACCAGCUAUGAAGACUUUUCAUCAUGUUUGAACACAGAUAAGCGUUCAGGAAAUUUAGAUUCUGGGAACAUCAAACUCACUUAUAAUAGUCUCAUAGAAAAAGCAGAGGCGCGAGAAAAAGAACGGUUGAAGGAGGAAGCAAGAAAAAUUCGAAGAUUGGAAAGUGCCUUCAAGGCCAUGCUGAAGCAAGCCACACCAUCCAUUGAUUCCAUGUCACGAUGGGAAGAUGGGAGCAAAUUGUCAAAACAGUUUAUAACAAAUACUUUGUUCUCUCUCUCUCUCUCUCUCCUUGUUUUUUCUCUCUCUCUCACUCUCCUUGUUUUUUCUCUUUCUCUCUCUCUCUCUCUCUCCUUGUUUUCUCUCUCUCUCUCUCUCUCCUUGUUUUCUCUCUCUCUCUAUCCUUGUUUUUUUUCUCUCUCUCUAUCCUUGUUUUUUUUCUCUCUCUCUAUCCUUGUUUUUUUUCUCUCUCUCUAUCCUUGUUUUUUUUCUCUCUCUCUAUCCUUGUUUUUUUUCUCUCUCUCUCUAUCCUUGUUUUUUUUCUCUCUCUCUAUCCUUGUUUUUUUUCUCUCUCUCUAUUUUUUUUUCUCUCUCUCUCUAUCCUUGUUUUUUUCUCUCUCUCUAUCCUUGUUUUUUUUCUCUCUAUCCUUGUUUUUUUCUCUCUCUCUAUCCUUGUUUUUUUCUCUCUCUCUAUCCUUGUUUUUUCUCUCUCUCUAUCCUUGUUUUUUUUCUCUCUCUAUCCUUGUUUUUUUUUCUCUCUCUAUCCUUGUUUUUCUCUCUGUCUCUCUCUAUCCUUGUUUUCUCUCUGUCUCUCUCUAUCCUUGUUUUCUCUCUGUCUCUCUCUAUCCUUGUUUUCUCUCUGUCUCUCUCUAUCCUUGUUUUCUCUCUGUCUCUCUCUCUCCUUGUUUUCUCUCUGUCUCUCUCUCUCCUUGUUUUCUCUCUGUCUCUCUCUCUCCUUGUUUUCUCUCUGUCUCCCUCUCUCCUUGUUUUCUCUCUGUCUCUCUCUCUCUUGUUUUCUCUCUCUCUUUCUCUCUCUUGUUUUCUCUCUCUCUCCCUCUCUCUUGUUUUCUCUCUCUCUCCCUCUCUCUUGUUUUCUCUCUCUCUCCCUCUCUCUUGUUUUCUCUCUGUCUCCCUCUCUCCUUGUUUUUCUCUCUGUCUCCCUCUCUCCUUGUUUUCUCCCUCUCUCCUUGUUUUUCUCCCUCUCUCCUUGUUUUCUCUCCCUCUCUCCUUGUUUUCUCUCCCUCUCUCCUUGUUUUCUCCCUCUCUCCUUGUUUUCUCUCUCUCUCUCCUUGUUUUCUCUCUCUCUCUCCUUGUUUUCUCUCUCUCUCUCCUUGUUUUCUCUCUCUCUUGUUUUCUCUCUCUCUCUUGUUUUCUCUCUCUCUCCUUGUUUUCUCUCUUUCUCUCUCUCCUUUUUUUUUCUCUCCUUGUUUUUUUUUCUCUCUCUCUCCUUGUUUUUUUCUCUCUCUCUCUCUCCUUGUUUUCUCUCUCUCUCUCCUUGUUUUCUCUCUCUCUCUCUUUUUUUUUUUUUCUCUCCUUGUUUUUUUCUCUCCUUGUUUUUUUCUCUCCUUGUUUUUUCUCUCCUUGUUUUUUUUUCUCCUUGUUUUUUUCUCUCCUUGUUUUUUUCUCCUUGUUUUUUUUCUCUCUCUCUCUCCUUGUUUUUUUUUUCUCUCUCUCCUUGUUUUUUUUUUUUCUCUCUCUCUCUCUCCUUGUUUUUUCUCUCUCUCUCUCUCCUUGUUUUCUCUCUCUCUCUCUCUUUGUUUUCUCUCUCUCUCUCUCCUUGUUUUCUCUCUCUCUCUCCUUGUUUUCUCUCUCUCUCUCUCUCUUGUUUUUCUCUGUCUCUCUCUUGUUUUUUUCUCUCUCUCUCUCUCCUUGUUUUUUUCUCUCUCUCUCUCUCUCCUUUUUUUUUCUCUCUCUCUCCUUGUUUUUUUUCUCUCCUUGUUUUUUUUCUCUCCUUGUUUUUUUCUCUCCUUGUUUUUUUUCUCUUGUUUUUUCUCUCUCUCUCUCUUUGUUUUUUUCUCUCUCUCUCUUGUUUUUUUUUCUCUCUCUCUCUCUCUCCUUUUUUUUUCUCUCUCUCUCUCCUUGUUUUUUUUUUCUCUCUCUCUCCUCUCUGUUUUUCUCUCUCUCCUUGUUUUCUCUCUCUCUCCUUUUUUUUCUCUCUCUCUCUGUUUUCUCUCUCUCUCCUUGUUUUUCUCUCUCUCUCCUUUUUUCUCUCUCUCCUUGUUUUCUCUCUCUCUCUCUCCUUGUUUUUUUCUCUCCUUUUUUUUUUUCUCUCCUUGUUUUUUUUUCUCUCCUUGUUUUUUUUUUCUCUCCUUGUUUUUUUUUUCUCCUUGUUUUUUUCUCUCUUGUUUUUUUUCUCUCCUUGUUUUUUUUCUCUCUCUCUCUCUCCUUGAUUUUUCUCUCUCCUUGUUUUCUCUCUCUCUCUCUCUUGUUUUUUUUCUCUCUCUCUCCUUGUUUUUUCUCUCUCUCCUUGUUUUUUUCUCUCUCUCUUUUUUUUUUUUCUCUUUCUCUCUCUCCUUGUUUUUUUUUUCUCUCUCUCUCUCUCUCUCUCCUUGUUUUUUUUUUUUCGCUCUCUCUCUCCUUGUUUUUUUUUUUAGAAGAACUCUCUUGUUUUUUUUUUUCUCUCUCUCUCCUUGUUUUUUUUUUCUCUCUCUCUCCUUUUUCUCUCUCUCUCUCUCUCCUUGUUUUCUCUCUGUCUCUCUCUCCUUGUUUUUUCUCUCUCUCUCUCCUUGUUUUUCUCUCUCUCUCUCCCUUGUUUUUCUCUCUCUCUCUCUCUUGUUUUUUCUCUCUCUCUCUCUCCUUGUUUUUCUCUCUCUCUCUCCUUGUUUUUUCUCUCUCUCUCUCUUUUUUUGUUUUUUCUCUCCUUGUUUUUUUCUCUCCUUGUUUUUUUUUUCUCCUUGUUUUUUUUCUCUCCUUGUUUUUUUCUCUCUUGUUUUUUUUUCUCUCCUUGUUUUUUUUCUCUCCUUGUUUUUUUUCUCUCCUUGUUUUUUCUCUCCUUGUUUUUUUCUCUCCUUGUUUUUUCUCUCCUUGUUUUUUUUUCUCUCCUUGUUUUUUUUUUUCUCCUUGUUUUUUUUCUCUCCUUUUUUUUUCUCUCUCUCUCUCUCCUUAAACAUUUUUCUCUCUCUCUCUCCUUGUUUUUUUCGCUCUCUCUCUCUCCUUGUUUUUUUUUUCUCUCUCUCUCUCCUUGUUUUCUCUCUCUCUCUUGUUUUCUCUCUGUCUCCUUGUUUUCUCUCUGUCUCCUUGUUUUCUCUCUGUCUCCUUGUUUUUCUCUCUGUCUCCUUGUUUUCUCUCUGUCUCCUUGUUUUUUCUCUCUGUCUCCUUGUUUUCUCUCUGUCUCCUUGUUUUCUCUCUGUCUCCUUGUUUUCUCUCUGUCUCUCUCUCCUUGUUUUUUUUCUCUCCUUGUUUUUUUUCUCUCCUUGUUUUUUUUCUCUCCUUGUUUUUUUUCUCUCCUUGUUUUUUUUCUCUCUCUCUCUCUCCUUGUUUUUUUCUCUCUCUCUCUCUCCUUGUUUUUUUCGCUCUCUCUCUCCUUGUUUUUUUCGCUCUCUCUCUUUGUUUUUUUCUCUUUCUCUCUCUCCUUGUGCGAAAAUAACAUUAGAAAAAGAAGGUGCUUUUGAGGCAAUAACCUUAGAAUCAGAAAGGAUUCGAUUAUUCAAAGAAUUUCAGGUAGCUGUUCUUGAACAGUGUUCCCAUCACCACUCAAAGAAGAAAAAAUCGAAGAAACACAAAAUCAAGCGAUCCAGGUCAAGAUCAAGAUCAUCAGAAUCUGAAGAUGAUCUAUCAUCUCGUCACAAACUAAAGAAAAAAAAGAAGUCCCGAUCAGCAUCACGGUCACCUAGUUAUAUGUCUGAAUCAGACGACCAAGAGUUGGAAAGGGCCUCCAAACGACACAAAAAGAAGUCGAAAAAGAAAAAGCAUUUCUCCAGAGCUGAUUGGAACUCUUCGGAAAGUGACCUGAGUGAGGGUGAACUGGAAAAACGUCGACGCCAUCUUCUCCAGCAGCUGGAAGCAGACCCUACCUAUAUAAGUCGGUUCAUACAUUAUUUAACAAUUUUCAUUAUCUAUCUAUCUAUCUAUCUAUCUAUCUAUCUAUCUAUCUAUCUAUCUAUCUGUUUGUCUAUAUUGUACACUCUGUUCUGGCUUUAUCUAUCUAUCUAUCUAUCUAUCUAUCUAUCUAUCUAUCUAUCUAUCUAUCUAUCUAUCUCAGUGUAUUCAUAUCUCUCUAGCUAUUUACAGGUGUAUUCCUAUCUAUCUAUCUAUCUAUCUAUCUAUCUAUCUAUCUAUCUAUCUAUCUAUCUAUCUGUCUCAGUGUAUCUAUAUCUAUCUAAGGUCUAA